CAGCAGCAGGAUGUUGUGACAGCGUCACGGUUUCCUCCGGGUACAGGUUUAGCAUUGCUCGUCAUAAACCUGGUCUCUCUCAGUGCCGAUGACACGACCGCUCUUCUGAACGCUGUCCGUCUCUGUCACUGCCGCGAGGAAAAGACAUAUCCUCACAUUUAAUCGUCCUAGAGAGGUAGUAGACGAACGAGCGGUUUUAAACGAUGAGACGCAACCGUAAAUAAGACGCCGGUAGCGGUUAGCAUUAGCUUAGCUUCAUGACCAUCACAGCACUGUUUUCGCGUUAGCUAGCGCUCAUAACGCGACAUAUGACUAAUUCCACACAACAUGCGUCUCUGACACGGCGGAUACAACGAUACAGAUGUACAUAGACACAGAUGAGCCAAUUCAGGCGUUAUCUGCGUUAUCUAUUUAGAUGUAAUAGCUGUUUCUAGGUAGCGGAGGUAGUGGAUUAGCUGCAGUGGCGAGGAUGGAGGCUCUUCGUGGAGGUGUGUGUUUACUAGGACUCGCCAGUCUCUCACAAGCCGCUCCAGUCUCAAAUACACACGCAGAGGCGGCUGGAUUUGUGGACUUCUCUCUGACUGUCCCGCUGCUGUUGUCUCUGGCUGUGUCUGUGGCCCUUGUGGUACUGCUGCUCAACUGUGCUUCCUGCUGCAAAAAGCAAGAGAUCAACUUUAAGGAGUUUGAAGACCACUUUGAGGAUGAGGUUGAUUUCACGCCCCCAGCGGAGGACACCCCCUCUAUGCAGUCGCCUGCGGAGGUUUACACACUCGCAGUUCCACCUGUGCCCCUCCCUGGACCCCCUCACCUCCAGCUGCCCCGGAUAACAGACGUCUCAUCAGGUCCUCACGUGGCACGACACUCUCUCAGUUACAUUCAGGAGAUCGGGAACGGCUGGUUUGGAAAGGUUCUGCUCAGUGAGAUCUAUGUGGACCCUGGAGUCGCCCGAGCGGUUGUCAAAGAGCUGAAGGCCAACGCCAGCUCCAAAGAGCAGAAUGAGUUCCUGCAGCAGGGAGACCCGUACAGGGUUCUUCAGCAUCCCAAUAUACUGCAGUGUCUUGGUCAGUGUGUGGAGGCCAUCCCUUUCCUGCUUGUUUUUGAGUAUUGUGAACUGGGGGACCUGAAGAGUUACAUUUCUCAGCAUGAAUGGCUGUACAGGAAUGGAGAACUACUACAACUGCAGAAAAUGGCCUGCGAGAUCGCUGCUGGGGUCACUCAUAUGCAUAAACACAACUUCCUGCACAGUGAUUUGGCUUUGAGGAACUGCUAUCUCACAACAGACCUGACUGUCAAAGUAGGAGAUUAUGGCAUUGGCCCUUCGAGUUUUAAGGAGGAUUACAUCACCACAGAGGAUGACCAAUGUGUAGCACUGCGCUGGCUUGCCCCAGAUGUUAUUGUUGGGAUGAUUGGGCCCAGCAAUGUUUGGGGACUGGGUGUGACAUUGUGGGAACUGUUUGAAGGUGCAAAGCAGCCGUAUCCUCACCUGUCAGAUAGAGAAGUGCUCCACCAUGUGCUCAAGGAUCAACAAGUCAGACUUCUCAAGCCACAGUUGGACUUACCAUACUCAGAAAGAUGGUAUGAGGUUCUCCAGUUUUGUUGGCUGCCUGCAGACAAGAGGGCCACUGCUGAAGAGGUCCACCGCCUGCUCACUUACCUCCGUAUGCAGGGUCAGAAAGAUGUGGAGGAUGACUUCGAGCAGCGCUGGAGCUCUCUCAAACCCAAUCCCAGCACUCGUCAAGCCACUGUCAGUCAUUCCUCCUUCCCCAUCCUCGAGCAGUUUGAUGAAGGCCGAGAACCAGACGAGGUGCUCACAGUCACAGAAACGAGUCGCGGACUGAGUUUUGAAUAUGUGUGGGAGGCAGCCAAGCAUGACCAUUAUGACAGCCAUAAUCGCUCUGCCAUAGACACUACUUUGAAUUACCACAGUAUGUUCUUUCCGGUGCCGUGGAAAGAUAUUCAGGCUCAUUUCCCUGACACUGUAGCGCAAGCAGAAAAUGGCAGAGUCCCGGAAACCUUGCCAGUGUUUGAUGCACAUAAAGCAUCCUCUGGAAAUGACUACUUUAUUAAGUUGGAGGAGCUAGAUGAGAGCGAUAUUGGGAUGGGGGAAAGUCAGGGUGCUGAAGGUACCAAUGCUUCAGAGCAGCAUCAGUAUGUAGUCUUACAGGACGUCCGAUUGGAUGAAUCCAGUACAGAUGCUGAUUUCUUCCAUCAGAGCAUCGACUCAAAAGACUCCUUCCUUCAGGACAGCCACAUAUGGUCCUCAAGUGAACAUGAGAGCCCUUACCAUACUAACAUCUUCAGUGAGGGUGAUGCAAAACUGGAAGAUUCUCAUUCAUUCAAGGGAGGUUUUAUGGAGCUCCCAGAGAUGAAUGUACCAAAGAGGGAUUCUGAUGGUGAAGCCAAUGAGAGAGAGUCAAGUGACAGUUUUCAGACGUCUUUUUUAGGGGUAGGACCAGAAGCCAUUCACCUGGAGAUCUCUGAUCAGGAGAGCUCAGAUGUAAUGAAGCUUCUUAACACUGAGAAACUGACUGAAAACUUCUUGUUUCUUAAAGAUAACAGCCUAUUGAAGGACAAGUCACAGUCUGAACCAAAAAAUAUCCAGGAGACCAUGAGCUCCAUCAUUGAGACUAAUGUCUCAGAUAGUGUAAACCUCACAGGUCAGUCUUUGAAAUCAGCCGGAGAUUCUUCGCAGCUUAAGGAUGAACUCUUGGACUUAGUCAGCCCAAUUUUAGAUGAUUUUCUGUCGCCUUUGAAAGGAAACGAAACAAUGGUGCCUUUUGAUAUAUUAGUAACAGGACAAACCUGUAGCAACCACCUGCCAGACACAAAUGGCUCUUUGCUUUCCCCAAAAUCUGGGAAUUACUCAUCUACUGAUUCUACCUCUGAGAGUGUUGAGGUUAUUGAUGACAGUCCAUCUGAUAGUCAUCAGUCCCUUGAAAGUGCCACUACAGAUACACAGCAUAUGUGCAUAGAUGCCAAACCCCCCAGCCUUGAAGAAUACUUUGAAGCCUCAAAGGAGAAUGGGCAGUAUCGAGAAAUCAGUGAUGCAGCUGAGCUUAGCUUUAGUACUUCACCUGCUGGUGAGUGUACAGAAAGUUGCCUCACUGAAGGUCUAACAAGUAGCGACUCAAUGAGUGAUAUAAUGGAGCUGGACAAGAAGACGGUCAACGAUAUUCCACCGUCAGAAGCCAUCGAUCAAGAUCAAGAAACUUUAUUGGACAACCUUGAGACUCAUGACAUGUCCUCAUUGUUGGUUUCAGAUGUCUGUCUUGACCAAAUAAGUCAGGACAGCCUUCUUGAUGAUAGCACAUCUUCCACUCUUCCAACCAUUGAAAAUUCAGCUGAAACGCCAGAUUCAUUAGAUUCUUUAGACAUGCAUAAAGAUGUGGUGCAUGGACAGUCAUUGGAUACCCCUGGUGAUAAGCUUCAACCCCCAUACAAAGCAGCUGACAGUGGGUAUGAAACAGAAAACCUGGAGUCACCCGAGUGGAACUCUCAACCAGGCUUAAGGGAUUCCUCUGAAGAGAAUGAGAUGGGAAGUGCCGAGAUGCCAGCGCCACUGGUUCCACCAGAAAUUAUCAUUUCUGAGGUGGACACUGUACCUGAUGAUCAGGUGAACGGUGGUAGAGUUGAACUCCAACAAGAACCUGUUGAAGUUCCCUUAGGUGGAAACUAUAGAGACUCUGCUUACUUCUCAGACAAUGAGGAACUAGAUAAGAAGAGUGAUGACAUCAGUGGAAGCGGCCCUGGAGAUGCUUCAUUUUGGCUCCAGAGUAAUCAAGAAGCUGAUGAAAGUCAAGGAACCGAAGCUGUUGAGGAGCAUUCAGUGUCCGAGACUUCCCCAGAACCUGGUGAUGUCCAGGCUGAUCUUCCUGAGUUGGUUCUAACCACUGAGGAAGAUUGGAGCCAGGAAAAACCAUUGACUGUUGAUGGCUCAGACCAAACUCAUUCCCAUGCAGCCCCAGAACAUGCAGCAAAAUCCACUACCUCAGUGCAGCCCUCAACAGGCGUCAUGGUUCAUGCAAAACUAACAAGAACGUAUGCUGGGGAGAUAACAAAGAAGAAGGAGCCAGAUAUGGAGGGGAGAUACUUAGGCAAGCUUGAUGGAUCUUCACUGGAAUACGGCACCGAGGAUGGGAUGGAUGCUGAUGAAGAAGAUGAGAACAGUGAUGAGUCAGAUGAGGAUAUGCGUGCCUACCGAUUACACAGCUCUAGCUCUGAGUGCAGUGAGGAUGAUGUUGUGCACCCAGUACCUGUUAUCAUCUCGGACGACAGCAGUUCCCUCAACCUCAAAGGGCUGCUGAAACCCAAAUCCCUUCAGACUGCUGAAACAACAUCAGUAGAGGGCAGCAAUGGAGAUAAUAGACGCGGAGUGUCAUUCUUUGAUGAUGUCACUGUCUACCUUUUUGACCAGGAAACCCCAACAAAGGAACUCAGUGAGCAUACUCUUGACCCAAGUAGUCAGCUGUCUGAUUUUAGCAGUCCAGUGGCCUCCUCCAGCUACCUUAAUAGAUUUACCAACUCUGAGAGCUCCACCGAUGAAGAAGGUGGUGCAUUUGAGUGGGAUGAUGACUUCCCAUCUCCAGAGCCCAAUUUCCUUUCAAAGGCAGCCAGUGAUCGUUCUGCCAGUAGGUCCGGUGGGACUUCAGCAGCUUCUAAGUAUUUCUCACCACCCCCUGCGAACCGCACCCUGGAGCAGAGCUGGAACAGUCCCUCCAACUACUCGCGCUUCUCCAUCUCCCCAGCCAGCAUCGCCAACUUCUCCCUCACCCACCUCACAGACUCCGACAUUGAGCAAGGGGGAAGCGGUGAAGAUGGAGAGAAAGAUUAACCAAGCUAUCAGACUCAUAAAUAUUGGAGAUAUGUCAUGGAUGUCUUUGAUUGCUUCUCAGGCAGCAUUGGUAUUUAUUUGAGGAUAUGAAGGGGACUGCAGAGACUGAGCUGAUGUCUGGAUUUCCAUGAACUAUGAUUUGCUGUUUUUCAUCAGUGCAAUUUGGAGGAACCUUGCUUCACUUAUACUUUAGAAACGUUCACACGCUUCCUAAGUGCCAUGCCUCACUUUUUUUUCUUUCACUAAAUGCAUUCCUUCAUUGUGUCCACGUUUUACGUUAGAAGGAUGAAGCUGAAGUUUAUCACUCAACACUAAUGAGCCAAUAGAGUCAAACUCAGUUGUGCAAUUGAAAUCAUAUGAUACUUGCCUUUUAUUUUAACACACUGGAUUCUAUUUUAUUUUUUUAUGUGAAAUCUGGUGUGAUAAGCUUAUUUAUAUGAUCGUGUAAUGGAUUCGAUUUCCAAUAGAAGCAACAUGGGUCUCCACAGAUAUUUUUGUACAGUGUUUGUACUACUUUUUCAUUGCAACAAACCACUUUCACCCAAGCAACGACUCGCAUAGUUCCAGUGACAUGUUUCGUAUUAAAAGAUGUAAAAGUCAGGAUAUGGGCAGCUGAAGGGUUUUGGACAUGAGACACUAGAAAGUGCAAGUUCUUUUUUUUAUUUAGUACAUAGGGGAUCUAGAACAUAUCCAGGUCAUAUUUCACCCCAAAAUCAAAAGAAACAAGAACUAUUUUUACAAUCAAGUUUUUGUUUUCAUAGUGGCAUUAUUUUCAUGACAGUUAUGCAUAUUUCCCCCCCAUAAAUUCUUAUUACUGUAAUGUGAAACGAGUAAUAUCAUACUCAAAUUGUAAAGUGUUUGUAUUAUAAUGGUAGUUUUUGUUUUACUGAAUUGAAAUAUGAAUGAUAGAAUUGUGGUAAUGAUGUUAAUAUUGAUAUUUUGCUAAAUAUAUUAUUAUUUUCUCUAUAGAUUUUGGAUUGAAAUGUGAUCCAGACACUUUUUGUGAGAUGCAUCAUCACUGUUGGCGGUAAAUUGAACUACAUGUUCAGCGAGUAAUUGUGAAAGCUCUGGUGGUCAUAGAGGCUAGCUAGAGACUAGCGGAUCUUCCAAAGGCAAUGGCUGCUUGUAGCAUUGAGUAGGAAUACUAUUCAAAGGAAAAACAAAAGAACCUCUUUAAGUUUCUGAUUCCCUUGUGUUAACAUUAAAGAGCAGCUUGUAAACACUCAAGGGAUGGGAAAUGAAUUAGUUUUUUCUUUUUUUGGUGCACGUGUAUUAUUCAUUGGACCUGAAAGGUAAUCGUCAUAGGUUGUAUGAAUCAUAUUUGCCAAUCUUGCUGCUCAUGAUGCUUUUUCUUUGGGUUGAGAAUGACGGAUAUAAACUUAUGUAUAUAGUAGAAAUCAAAUCGAGGGGAUUCUACACAUUCAGCAAGAAGAACAUUCAACAUUAUUGAAUAUUUCCUUGGUUCAGUCUGGAAGAAUGUUGAUUUUUGGUAUGAUAUACUCAAGAUAAUGUUGCAUAAAUGGGUUUUCAUUGGAAUAAUCGGGUGCAUAGCUUCUACAUCCCCUUGUAAUUCAGUACAGUGAUCUCUAUGUUUUAGACCUGUUGAAUAUCGGUAUUACCAGCACUCGAUUUGUUCAACUUGACAUUUUAUGAAAGGAAAUUCUUUGGUUUUAUUCUACAGUAUACUUUGCUUAAUAUUGCACAUCUUUUAAGUGUAACUUCAUCUUGAAUUGUUCUCCUGUAUAUAAUUGUUUCAUUUUGUCUGUAAGUUGGGAACGGUGUGAGUAGGUAUGAGGACUGAUUUUGUAAUUUAAAGCUAAAAUGUGACGUCAUGGGGGAGAAGUGAUCGAAAAAGAUUAAUUAUUGAUUAAAUAAAUGGGGAAAUGCAGGUCAUCAUGUCCUUAUAACUUGUAAAUGUAAAAAAAAAAAAAAUGGUGAUAUUUUUACUUCAUAUUGAUGAUGAUCAUGCCUAGUGUCAUUGAAGGAAUGGUUUAUAAUCAAUUGCUCUGUUUAUUAUGGAAUUAAAUGACAAUGAACUUC